AUGGAGCUGAAGAACCUAGCCCUUAUGGCCUUUUUGGGUCUGGCCUCUGCUCAACAGCAGCCCUAUGGCCAAUGCGGUGGACAGGGCCACACCGGCCCGACGACUUGCACCUCUGUGUCUCCCCAGCUCGAGCAGCCCUCCCCCGAGCAGCCCUCCUCCGAGCACUCCGCCGCCAAGCACUCCCCCUCCGAGUACUCCUCCUCCGAGCACACCCCCUCCGAGCUCGCCUCCUCCUUCGAGCGGUGGCAACUCCUCGUCGGCUACGGUGCUGGCACCACGGGUGGUGGCAGCGGCAGCGGUGUGACUGUCACUUCUUGCGCGGCUCUCAAGACAGCCAUUGCUAACGCUGGCGUCAUCCGCAUCUCCGGCAUCCUUUCGGGCUGCGGCCGCAUGGACCUUCUGGCUGGUACGAGUGUCAUCGGUGUCGGUGCUUCCUCCGGUCUCCGUGACGGCGGCUUCCGUGUCCGCCGCACGGGCAACGUAAUCAUCCGCAACCUCGUCUUCCACAACCCCAUCCCGGGUGGCGACAUUGUGUCUCUCGACCAGGCAGUCCGCGUAUGGGUUGAUCACUGCGACUUCCGUAGCGAUGGCAUCGUUGGCGACAAGGAUUACUUUGACGGCCUUCUUGACGCAUCGCACGCCUCGGAUCAGAUCACCAUCAGCUGGAACAAGUUCCACGACCACUGGAAGGGCUCCCUCGUCGGCCACUCCGACAACAACGCCUCUGAGGACCGCGGCAAGCUGCGCAUCACCUACCACCACAACCACUUUUACAACGUCAACUCCCGCCUGCCCUCGAUCCGCUUUGGCACCGGCCACAUUUACAGCUCGUGCUACGAGAACAACCCGACAUCCGGCGUCAACUCGCGCAUGGGCGCCCAGGUCCUCGUCGAGAACACUGUCUUCAUCAACACGAACCAGGCCAUCGUCACGAACCUCGACAGCGACGAGCCGGGUUUCGCUGUUGAGAGGAACAACCUCUUCACCAACAGCCCCAUUGGCAUUACCCAAACGGGCUCUUACUCGCCUCCUUACAGCUACACUCUUGACCCGGCCUCGUGCGUCUGCGCCCUCGUCAAGGCCCGCGCUGGCACUGGUGUUGUGGCUUAG